AUGAGCUUCAGCCAAGCACGCCGAGACGCCCCGGCGGCAACAGCCGAUGCAGAGGCACGAAGGCAGAAGCGAGCUCCGAAGCCCGGGCAGUUCCAGGCACAUCAGGCCACCCGGGCGGACUUCGAACGGGCUCUGAAUGCUUUCAAGGUCCUGCCCGACGUUGACGUCGGAGGCCGGCGCCUUCGCCGCUCCGAGCAGCGGAAGGUUAGCGGUCGCGUCUUUGGCGCCCCCUCGGGCACAGGUCCCCAGGCGGCCACUGGUGACCUCCCGGAUCAGAGGCGCCUGAGGAAACCCACGAAACUCAGCCACUCUUCCGAAAGCAACCUCGAGGACAAGCUUGGACGUCGUGAGUUCUUUGACAUCUUCACCUGGGCGGACAAGUAUGCACAGCUCAUCGGUCGGCCAGACGUGCGGCCCCAUGCGCAACAGCGCAGCUUGCUGGAUGGGAUUGAAUCCCACCUCCUGUUGGCUGAGAAGGAAGGCGACAUUGAGGACCUGAGCACGUCUGCUUCGGAUUGUGAUGGUAAGCUCGAGUCGAUCAAGGAGAGCCCCGCGGUGCCUUCGCUCCAGGUGCGACGCAUGCUGCAAAGUUUGCUGCCCGCACGCAGCAGCCUCGACAUUCCGCUUGAGAUGGUGGCUCGCCUGGAGCACUUGGUUGAGCUGGCAGAUCGAGUGGAGUCAAAGAAGAGGCUUCGCAGCCGCCUGGUUCGUGAACAAACGCCGCUGUCAGGCGUGAGCCUUGAACCGGAACCUCUGCUCUUGGAGGCCCUGCCGACCACGCCCGAGGCCGCUGAGUCGGACGAGAGGCCCUCCGUUCAAGAGCUGGUCCAGAAGUACGAGGCCAAGCCGGAAGAGGACGAGGAGGAGGCAGCUGCCGCGCGGGCGCGCAGAAUACAGCAGGCACCGAUGCCGACGCUGCUCCGACGCAGCGUGGAAGGCCCAAAGCCGGGACUGUCCGCAGGGCAAGACGAGCAGAGCCCUUCGCCAGUGAAACUGCCCGCCAGCCCGAACGACGAAGCCUGCGGAACGCCGCCGCUGAUGUCCGACCAGGAGCUUCAGAGCAAGUCCAAUGCUUUGCGUCGCAAGGGAUUCAACAACCUUCCACGGAAGCCAAGCCACGACUGCUGGGACGUGCUGCAGCCCGUUGCUCUUGUAUAA